AUGUCGACCACAACGUCAUCACAACGUAAUAUUAAAUCAAGAUUACCAACUAGUAAUAGUACAAAUAAUAUGGCAACAAAUGGAAAUGAAAUAAAAUCUACUCGUAAUGGCUUGAAAAAACCGUCAAGUGCAACGAAUAUUUCACAAAAUUACACAUCAUCCAGUACACUUAAUAAUCGUUCGAAAAAAUCUACAGCAUUAUCAAAUAAUUUUCAUCAAAAUAAACCCACAAAACCAGUUCCAAUUGAUAAAACAAAUAAUAAUAAUAAUAAUAAUAAUUAUCAUCAACAAAAUGGAUAUUAUUCUAAUAAAAAGUCUAUUCAUGGUAUGUCUCAUUCUCCGUCACCACCAUUUGUUUUUCAUGCUAUUGCACCAGCUCCGGUAUCAAAAGAAAUUAAUGAACAAAAGUGUGAUCAUGGAUCUAUGUCGGACACAAGUCGUCGUCGUAUAGCAAAUAUCCUUGCUCAUACUAGAAUAAAAACUAUGUCGAUUGCUGCAUCAACUUCAUCAGAUGAAGAAGGUGAAUCAAGUUUACAUCGUUCACAUAAUCAAUCAUCAUCUAUUGAUACAGAUGCACAUGAAUCAGAUCAUGAAAUUAAUAAUAAUAAUAAUAAACAAACAACAAAAAGUCGUCGUUUACAAAAAACUCGAAAAACAAGUUUAUCAACAACAACAAAUAAUAAUAAUAUUACUAUUAAUGGACAAUUAUCAAGAACAAAUGUACGUAAAGAUAGUCAACAGCAACGAUCAAGUUCAAAUGAUGAUGAUAAUAGUAAUAACAAUAGUACUAAUACUAAUAAUAAUAAUGAAAAAAAUAAUAUUAAUGAUGAUAAUAUUGUUAAUAAUAGACGAAGUAAAACAUAUUUACUAAAAAGACGUGAUCAUUUAGCUACAACAACCACAGAUGAUGACACAACAAAGCAUCGUCAUCGUUAUCAUCCAUUAGAUAUUCUUGAAUCAAAUGGAAAAAAAUUUCCAUGUGAACCAACGUGUUCAUCAUCAUCAAUACCAAUAGUACCAACACCAACAAAUCAAGCAACAACACGAAAGCCAAAUCGCUUUCAAAUUAAAUCUAUACGUAAAUCUCAACAACAACAAAUCUUAUUAGCAAACGCAGCUGCUGCUAAAUCAUCAAAUGAAGAUGAUGGUUCUGUACCUAAUGAUGGAAUAAAAACACCAUUUAAACCAUCAUUAAACGAACGAAAAAGUACAAUUACACCAACAACUGAUGGAGAAAAUUCAACAACAAAUACAGAUAAUGCUGUAAAUGGUUCUAGAUCAGCUGCUAAAUUAAUUGAAAAUGGCGGUGGAUAUCAUCGUGUUCGUUUUCUUCUAACACACCAUAAAAAAAUUGAAUCUGCUGCUGAAGAUGAAAGAUCAUCGGCUCCAACAAGUGCAUUACCAACAACAGCUCCUCCAUCAUCUACAGCUUCAGCACAAGGAGAGGAUGAAGAAGAAGAAGAGGCAGUUGCGAAAAGUCCUGAUAAUCGUUUUAUUAAAUAUGCUCAAGAAAUAGGACGUGGUGCUUUUAAAACUGUUUAUCGUGGUUUAGAUACAGAAACAAGUGUUGCUGUAGCUUGGUGUGAAUUACAAGAUUUUGCACAAUUCGAUAAACAUGAACGAGCUCGUUUUAAAGAGGAAGCUGAAAUGUUAAAAAAACUUCAACAUCAAAAUAUUGUACGUUUUUAUGAUUUUUGGGAAGAAACAAAUCCACGAACAAAUAAAAAAGUUAUUAUUCUUGUUACUGAAUUAAUGACAUCAGGCUCAUUAAAAGGGUAUAUUCGUAAUUUUAAAGGACAAAAAGAAGAAAAACGUAUUAAUGUUAUGAAAAAAUGGUGUCGUCAAAUACUUAAAGGUCUUGCCUAUUUACAUAGUCGUAAUCCACCUGUUAUACAUCGUGAUUUAAAAUGUGACAAUGUAUUUAUAUCAAGUACAACAGGUUGUGUUAAAAUAGGUGAUCUUGGUUUAGCAACAUUUAAAACACAAACAUUUGCUAAGAGUAUGCGUGGUACAAUGGAAUUUAUGGCACCAGAAAUGUUCGAUGAAAAAUAUGAUGAACUUGUUGAUAUAUAUUCAUUCGGUUUAUGUAUGUUAGAAAUGAUGACAGGUGAAUAUCCAUAUAUUGAAUGUAAAGGACCAACAGCUGUUAUAAAACGUGUUACAGCUGGUUUAAAACCUGAUUGCUAUUAUAAAGUUGAAAGUGAAGAUGUACGAGAAGUUAUUGAUUGUUGUAUACGUACAAAAAAAGAAGAACGUUUACCUGUACAUGAAUUAUUACAACAUUCUUUUUUUCUUGAUGAUAAUAGUUUACGUAUUGAUCUUGUACGAGAUUCAUCAAAUGAUUCAUUAGUUAUGACUACACAAGAUAAAAUUGAUUUAAAAUUAAAAAUUGUCGAUAAAGCUAAACGUAAAGCUUUAUUUGCCGAAAAUAAAGUAUCAUCAACAGCUUUUGAAGCUAUACGUUUUUCAUAUGAUUUAAAUUCUGAUACACCUGAAAAAAUAGCUGAUGAACUUAUUGCAAAAGAUUAUAUAUUCGAAGAUGAUAAAAAAUUUGUCAUACAAUCAAUUAAAGAUCGUAUACGAGCAUUAAAUUAUGAAAUACUUGAUCGACAAGCCGGUGUUUUUACUGGUCAUGGAAAACCAAUUAUUAACCAAACAUCACAAGCAUCAAUCACUAUACAAUCGCAACAACAGCAGCAACAACAACAGCAGCAACAGCAGCAGCAACAACAACAACAGCAGCAACAACAACAGCAACAACAACAACAGCAACAAACAACACAGUUAAUACCUAUACCUCCAACGACAACGUUUACUGCUGUUGCUACAGCAACACCUACAAUUAUUCAACAAACAACAGCUGAACAACAACAAGUAGUUAAACCAGCAGCAGAAGCUCCAUCAGUUAAACCAACUGUAGCAACAGACCCAAUACCAAUUGCUCAAGCACCUGAACUUAGCCCAAAUAUACCUGGUUCGGCAGGUAGUCUUGAAGUACUGGAAGCAGCAUUGAAAAAAACGUUCAAUAAAAUGAAUCCCUCUCAAGGUACUAAUACAACAUCGGCUGUUGUUAAUGAUACAAGUGAACCAUUAACAUCGUUGACCAAUCAAGAUGAUUCUUUGAUACCAAAAUCAGCAAGUAAUACUACUGUUAUUGUUGAACAACAACAACAGCACACAGAAGAACUUGGACUACCCAGUGCUAGUGAGCCCUCGACAAGUGUUUUACAAUCUUCUAUUCUACCUACGUCACAAACUCAAUCUCAACCCACCACAGCAUUAAUAAAUCAACAACCACCAAUCUUACAAAAUUCUCAUAUUUUAACUCAUUCUUCUCCAAAUUUUUCUUAUUCGGCAAUGCCUCCUUCUCAGCCCAUUAAUACUGCCAUUCCAAAUGAUACUAAUAAACAAAUCAUAUCUCCCACUCCUCCUCCUCCUCCUUCUCUUCCUGUUCUGCCCCCUUCUUCUUCUUCUACUUCAACGACGACGGAGACUAUUGAAAAUAGUCACACGUCUAUAUCACCUUCUCCGACACCUUUAUCUGUUCCAUAUACAGGUGAAGCAGUACAAUCAUCGAUUGCGUCAGAUACUCAACCACAAAUAUCGGGUAGUUUACAACAGCUUGAAGUUCUUCUUAUGAAUACAUUUAAAAAACCAACUAAACCAACUGGUACUGCUCAUAGUAGUGACGGUGAAACGACAAAUUCUAAUAUUCCAGCAACAUCAUCUAUAUCAGCAACAAAUAAUGAUGAUAAAAAUGAAAUUGAAUCAAUAACAAAUGAAUUAUCUAUAACAAUCGAUGAUAAAAAUCGUAAAUCUAUUGAUAUAUUUAAAAACGCAAAUUUAAUUCCUCAACAAACAGUUACAAUUCCACAAGUAUUAAAUGAAUCAACACAUUUUGAUCCUUUAAUAUCGACAGAUAAUGGUAAUUUACAAGAUUUAGAAACACUUCUUCAGAGUACAUUUCAAAAAUCUCCUAUUAUCAAUAAUGAUAAUAUAGGUACAUUAUCAACACAAAUCUCGACAACAAGUGAUGAUAUAUCUGAUUUAAAAUCUGCGAUUAUGAGUUUCAGUACAACAUUAUUAAAUAAAAUGAAUAUAAUUGAAACAAAAAUUGAUGAUCAUUGUUCUCAAACAAAAAAAACUAAUCAUAUAUUAACAAAUACAAUAUUACCAUCAUUACUUGAUUUAACUGAUAUUAUUGAAGAAAUAUCAUCAUCUAAUCUCGAUAUACGUGCAAGAACUAAACUUGAAAAUAUUCAAACACGUAUACGUACCACACAACAACAACAACAAACUGAAAUGAAAAAUUUAAUGGAUAUUUAA